UCGCCCCGCCCCUCGCCCCGGCCCGCGGCGAAGGAGUCGGAAGCGGCGGCGGCCCGAAGGGAGCCGGAGCGGCGCCACCCCCGCUCGUCUGCUCGGCCCCGGCCCCAGCACCGGCCCCGGCCCCGCACCCCGCCGAGAUGUCAGAAGACCUUGCUAAGCAGUUAGCUAGCUACAAAGCUCAACUUCAGCAAGUUGAGGCUGCCUUAUCUGGGAAUGCAGAAAAUGAAGAUUUACUAAAACUGAAGAAAGACUUACAGGAAGUCAUAGAAUUAACCAAAGAUCUCCUUUCAACACAACCUUCGGAAACUCUUGCGAGUUCUGACAGUUCUGCUUCUGCUCUGCCCAGUCACUCUUGGAAGGUUGGGGAUAGGUGUAUGGCGAUAUGGAGUGAGGAUGGACAGUGUUAUGAAGCUGAGAUUGAAGAAAUAGAUGAGGAGAAUGGAACAGCUGCGGUCACAUUUGCUGGAUACGGCAAUGCUGAAGUUACGCCUCUGUUCAACCUGAAGCCUGUGGAAGAGGGAAGAAAAGCAAAAGAGGACAGUGGAAACAAACCCAUGUCCAAGAAAGAGAUGAUAGCCCAGCAACGAGAGUAUAAAAAGAAGAAAGCUUUGAAAAAAGCUCAGAGAAUUAAAGAACUUGAACAGGAACGAGAGGACCAGAAGGUCAAGUGGCAACAGUUUAACAACAGAGCCUAUUCUAAAAACAAAAAAGGCCAGGUGAAGAGGAGUAUUUUUGCUUCCCCAGAGAGCGUAACUGGCAAGGUUGGAGUUGGAACAUGUGGAAUUGCAGACAAACCUAUGACGCAGUAUCAAGAUACCUCUAAAUACAAUGUCAGGCAUUUGAUGCCUCAGUAACAGGGGAAAAAGGUGGAACUUCAUCUCUGCAGGGCUUUACACUUAUCUUUUUAUCAUUAUAUUUUUCUAAAAGUAAAUUAUUUGUUGGCACACAGCGAGUAGUCCAUUUUGUCACCAUCACUUUGGCUUCAGCUGAUAUGAGCCUUAAAUCUCCAGCUAUUGAUUUGACCCCCCUAAUCAUUAAACUUUUUGUAGGUGCAUUAAAAUACGUUUUGCAGGUAAAUGCUUUCAUGAACUACUGUUACCUGUUACUCUGAAAGCAGUCGUUAUCUGCAGCUUGGAUCUCUGGAAUCUUCCAUUCAUACUAGUAGUGAAGUUUUGGUUUGUUUUUUUUUUUUUACUUAAGAAAAGUGGUGGUAUAAAACUGGCACCGUGACAGCCUCCCUCGUUUCUGUACUCAGAGCUGCGUGUCUCAGCGACAGGCUCAGCGUUACAGAGCUGCUGCCGCUCUGGGAGAGAGAGCUGGGCUCCAUCACAGCCUGUCCGUCACACGGAAUUGCUAAGGGAGUUCUCAGUGGCUCCCUUACAAACCCCCCGAAGAUCCAUGCGUACAGCUGUAAAUGAGGGCACAACAGGGCCGAUAGGAUCUUUAUUACUGAGGAUGAUUCACGUGCUACAAACAAUAAAUCUGACUUUAAUUCCAGCCUGAAUUUCCUGCGCUAGAAGUUAAGCAGAGGAGAGAUUCUUUUUUUUUUUUAUACUCAUCAGACUUUAAUGGGAGGCUAUUGAAAGGUUAUUGAAAUGUAACCUGAAAACCACGCUAGAGAACUGUACUUAACAAUACCCACCCCGGCCCUCCCCAGGGAUCGGGGAGUUGGAGAACAUAAGCGGUUGCGCUUUCCCCUCUUGUAGGUCUCGCGGGUUUGAUGGUACGGUCACAGACCUGAACGCACCGCAAGGGCUGGUGUCCGGGCCUCCUCCGCCAGCCGGGAGCGGCAGCACAGCGCGUAGGCAUGCCUCGGUCCCGCUGAGUUAGUUGUGAGUGAGUGAAGGUCAGUCUGAAGUUUCUGUCCUUAAAUAAUGGACUGGCCCUAGUGUUCGUUGUAACUUCAGCUGUAUCACAGUGCUGCUGAGCCCCUUUGGUUUUUAUUCAGGAAACACGUGUAGAAGCUCUUGCUUUCUUGUAUUUUCUGUGAUUUGCUUUCCUCUGUUACUUGUCUCUCACUCAACUGUAGAGGUGCCAUCUCUGAAUCCCCGACGUGUUUAAAGAAGUUAAUGGGUAGCCCUGUAUACAAUGUAGAUAUUAUUUUUGUAAAAUCUAGGGCUGAGUUAAUGGACAAGAGAACAUCAGCUGUUUCCCCCGUUAAAUAAUUAAAGGGUGUUUCUUGUCCAUUAACCCUGACCAUUAUUUCCCUGUAUAUUAUGUUAAUGUAGCUCAUUUUGUAAUUUGUUAACUAGAUCAGGUCACGUCAGCGAUUGUUGAUGCACUGAUUGGUGGAAAUGUCCAUCAGUUACCUGAGUCACAACUCAAGCUAAACGCUACAACUGGUAGUUUAGAAUCCGUACAUAGAAAAAGGUUCUCCCUAUAAUGGGAGAAGGUGAUUUUUAUGAAUACAAAGUGUGUUAAUUUCAGUUUUGUAUGUUUAACUUUUAUUAAAUAAAGUGUUUAAAAUCUGCUGGA